AUGGAAACUUCGAACAUUGCGGAAGUGGUGACUUGGUCUACGGCAGGGGGGGUGCAGAUCAAAGAAUUCGAACAUCAAGUUGCUUGGCGUUGCAAGCGCCCAGGAAAGUGGCUUUGUUGUUUCAUUGACCUGAACAGCGCUUCGAUUCUUACCGCCACAAGCCUUUUCUCGCCACAUCACCAACCGCUAGUGGCUCAGCCCACCAGACCUUCCAAAUUGCGACUUCGGCCCAGUCCGAUCAAUGUCGAGACUGUCGCCUCCAAGUCAGAUAAAGAAUUUUGA